GUUUUUAUUUUUUUAUAAAUAUGCAUAAAAUCUAAAUUAUGGGCAAUUGUGUGUGUGUGUGUGUGUGUGUGUGUGUAUAAUGAUGAGGAAAACAAUUAAUUGUAUCCAUUUUAGAAUAAGGCUAAUGUAACAAUGUGUAAAAAUUUAAGGGUCUGAAUACUUUCCAAAAGCACUUUAUAUGGCCAAUAUACCAUGACUAAGGGCUGUAUCGCUUUGCGUCGUGCAUAAAAACAGCCCUUAGUUGUGGUAUAUUAGUUAUUAUAAACUGGAUGGUUUGAGCCAAUGCUGAUUGGCUGAAAGUCGUGGUAUAUCAGACCGUAUACCACGGGUAUGAUGAAGCAUUUAUUUUUACUGCUCUAAUUAUGUUGGUAACCAGUUUAUAAUAGCAAUAAGUCACCUUGGGGGUUUGUGAAAUAUGGCCAAUAUACCAAUGCUAAGUGCUGUGUCCUAGCACUCCGCGUUGCGUCAUGUAUAAGAACAGCUCUUAGCCGUGGUAUAUUGGCCAUAUACCACACCCCUGCUCUAAUUACGUUGGUUACCAGUUUAUAAUAGCAAUAAGGCACCUCUGGGGUUAUACCACAUCCCCUCGGGGCCUUAUUUCUUAAAGUGCAAACCGUAGCAAAUGUCCCUUAUUGAUCAAGUUCAGGGGUGUAUUCAUUAGUGCACACCAUCAUAAUGGAAAACUCUAAAGUUAGAGAAAUUCAGGUAGGUUCCUCCCCGUUUCCUUCUGUUUGGUUCUGUUUGGUUCAUAGUGAAUACACCCCAGGUAGGUUCCUUCCCGUUUCCUUCUGUUUGGUUCCUAGUGAAUACACCCCAGGUAGGUCCCUCCCCAUUUCCUUCUGUUUGGUUCCUAGUGAAUACACCCCAGGUAGGUCCCUCCCCGUUUCCUUCUGUUUGGUUCCUAGUGAAUACACCGCUGAUGCCUCAGUCUCAGACUUCCAGACAUCACACUGUAUUCUCAUUAGAAAAUGAACAGUAUUCCUGUAUUGUCUGGUCUCUGCGCCCCACCUUCAGGUUUUGGUUUGUUCCAUGGGCUCCUGUUGGUGGUGUGUGGAUGGGCCAAUGCCAGUGAUGCGGUGGAGAUCCUGUGUGUUUCCUUUCUGCUGCCCACUGCCCGCUGUGACCUCCAUCUCAGCACCUCAGACAUGGGGUUACUGACGGCCAACAUUUUCCUCGGAAUGAUGAUAGGUGGGUACAUGUGGGGUUACCUGGCUGACCAGAGGGGGCGCCAGAAGGUCUUGGUGAUGUCCCUGACAGUGAACGGAGUGUUUGGAGCGCUGGCCAGCUUUGCCCCCAGGUUCUGGCUCUUCCUUCUACUACGGUUCAUCAGUGGUGUAGGGGUGGGAGGUUCAAUCCCGGUCAUCUUCUCCUACUUUUCAGAGUUUCAGCCCCGGCUGAAGAGAGGGGCAAUGAUAAGUGCUCUGGCCACCUUCUGGAUGGCAGGGAAUAUUCUGGCAGCAGGCCUGGCGUGGUUGGUCAUUCCCCGGACCUGGGUCCGCUUUUCUCUGGGUGGGCUGGACUUCCAGAGCUGGAGGCUGUUUGUGGUGCUGUGCUCUGUCCCCAGCCUCACAUCGGCACUCAUCUUCAGUCUGGCCAUGCCUGAGAGCCCCCGGUUCCUCAUGGAGGCUGGCCGUGAGACAGAAGCCCUACGUGUCUUCUGCAGGAUGUUUGCAAUAAACCACAGAGGCAGUCUCAAGACCUUCUCAAUUUGUGGGCUGCAUAUCCCUUCUGAGAAGAAAGAGAGGGAGACUAGGAGAGGUGGAACACACACUCAGCGCUUUGUCAAACUCCUCAAACAGGUCUUGGCACCAAUAAGACAGCUGUUUGUUGGAGAGUUGGCCUCUAGAAGUGUAUGUCUGGUCGUUAUAUUCUACUGCAUCUCAUUUGGAUACUAUGGUCUGUGGAUGUGGUUCCCAGAGCUUUUCAAGAGAGCAGAGGAUGGAGGCUCACCUUGUGCCAAUGUGUCUCGCUUACAAAGCCAUGACAACCAAAGCUGCUACCCAGUCAAAACAGCAGUGUACAUGGAGGGCUUUGUCACUGCAGCCUCAAACCUACCAGGGAACAUCUUCACCGUUCUCCUAAUGGAUGUCAUUGGAGGAAAGGCCCUGCUUUGUUGCAGCCUAUUGUUGUCCAGUGUGAGUGUGUUCCUCAUCUACGAGGUGAAGACGAAAGCACAGAGUCUGCUCAUCUCCUGUGUUUUCAGUGGAGUGUCUGUGGUGGCCUGGAAUUCCUUGGACGUGUUGGGCACUGAGCUCUACCCCACCCAGCUACGGUCCUCCGCUCUGGGCUUCUUCACAGGAAUAGGCAGAGUGGCAGCCAUCAUGGGUAACAUAGUCUUUGGCCAGCUGGUGGACACCAACUGUGUGAUACCAGUUCUACUUGUGUCUGCUUUGCUGCUGACAGGGGGGAUCACUGCCUUGCGCCUUCCACGCACUAAACAGGCAGAGCUCACCUGAGGUCUCUGUGAAAAUGAAGUCCAGAAGACACUUUUUUCCCCCUGCUCGUAGUCCUCGCCAAGGGUUAUUCCCUGAACCUAGUCUACCUAGAGAUGCCUUUUUCCUAUCAUGACCAAAGAUAGACGUAGAAUAGAUUUUAUAAAACGGAUGUUGUGAAAUACUGGAUUGCACAAGUGCACUUUGAGAAACCGUGUACCUUAACACAUCAUUGACCAGAGCUAAUAAUACAGUGAUCUACAAAAGUAUGGGGACAGUGACACAUUUUUUGUUGUGUAUUAAAAGUAGUCAAAAGUUUAGUAUUUGUUCCCAUAUUCCUAGCAUGCAAUAAUUACAUCAAGCUUCUGAAUCUACAAAGUUGUUGGAUGCAUUUGCUGUUUUGGUGGUUUCAUUUCUAUUGGUCACAAAAUAAUCAAAGGUAAAUAAUGUAUUGUCAUUUUGGAUGAACUUUUAUUGUAAAUAAGAAUAGAAUAUGUUUCUAAACACUUCUACAUUAAUGUGAAUUAGUGUUGCAUGGUAUACCGGUACCACAGUAAUAUCACCGUACAAAAACAUCAUGAUACCAACAUUUAUAGAUUAUCGUUUCAUAUAACACUACCACAUUUUUCAGUCCUACCGAUCUAAGGCACUGGCGCCUGUUAUAAAAUGUGUAUAAAGUCAGUUUUGUUUAUAAAUUCUGUAAAAAAAAUAAAUACAUGCAACUAGUCUCUUGUCCAAUAAUGUCCACUUAACUUUCAUGCCAUAUCACGUGUAGCAGCUGUAAUCCGCCAGCCCAUCCCAUUCCAGCCAUCACUCACCUGUUUCUCUCCAUCUGCACAUCCAUUCCUUCAUCAGUUUUUAAAAUAUAAUUUAGCCGUGAUGGCAAGGGGGAUGCAUACCCUGAUCAGUCUUCUGUUGUUACAUUUGUACAUUUAAUACUUUGGAGCAGCGUGUGCAGAGCAAGCAAAAUUGAUACAUUGUAUAUAAUUUAAUCUCUGGGUUAACCAAGUGCACAGGCCAGUCGUAUAGGCUUUGCAAGUUUGCUGUCACACAGCAGUGCUAGAGGAAAAACAGCUUUGCGACAGUCAUACUUGCAGCUUUACAGCAUAGAAAACGGCUCCUCUCUAGAUCAAACGGUUAAAAAAAUUACUCAUUACCGGAGCUACUUUUUUUUCUUUUUCUACCUCCGAUUUUGCACGCAUUUGAUAUAUUGAACAAAAAUAUAAACACAACAUGCAACAAUUUCAAAGAUUUUACUGAGUUACAGUUCAUAAAAGGAAAUCAGUCAAUUGAAAAAUGAAUU